GGGCCUGUAGCUCAGAGGAUUAGAGCACGUGGCUACGAACCACGGUGUCGGGGGUUCGAAUCCCUCCUCGCCCA